CAAUAAUUACGCUCUCGUCUCUCUCCCUCUGUCUCAGUUCGGUCAAGUCCAUGUCCUCCUCCUUUAAAUAGAAAUAGAACACAGGUAAUUAACCUCUCUGCUCUCCCCCUUCUCUCCCACUCCCCCCCUCUAUCUCUCUGCUCACCUCGCCAGAUGAUCGACGACGGAGAUCGGAGUUACUCGAGGCUCUCGGUUUCUCUGGCCGAUCCCAGCCGUUAAUGGCUGCCCACUUCUUGGUGAUGGCCGGCGAAGGCGACUCACCGGAAAAAUGCCGCGAGCCGCGCCGGCGGCGGAUCGAGACGAGCCCCCUCGAGCCCGAUAGGGCAAUUGCAUCUUCUUCGAGCACAAGGGCUGCGGUGAGGAGGCCGGAGAUCGGCGAGGUGGUUGAACUGCUCUGUCCAGGCGAUGCGGGAAGCGGGAAGAGGUACCGGGCUGGCCGUAGCGACCAAGCACCACUUCCUAUAUCUCUCUCGCCGCUGCAUACCUCCUCGAGUUCUUCAUCGUCUACUUCUUCGCCAUCUGGCGGAGACGCUAGCAUUCCGGCGAUCGCUUCUAGUUCUAUGUCGGCACCGGCACUCGUGGAUACCUCCAUCAUGUUCGGAUUUAUAUCCCUCUCCGGUAGGUCUAGAGAGAUGGAGGACGCUGUAUCUGUCCAGCCGGGAUUUUUCAGGCGUGAUGGACGCGCUCCGCUCCAUUUCUUUGCUGUCUUCGACGGCCACGGCGGCUCCCAUGUUUCGGCUCUGUGCAAGGAACGGAUGCACGUCAUAUUGGGUGAGGAGCUAAGCCAGGGGGAGGCGACCGACGGCGAGGAAGUGGCUUGGAUGAGGGCAGCAGUUGAGAGGAGCUUCGCGCGGAUGGAAGACCUGGCGCUGUCGGCGUGCGCGUGCGGGAGGGUCGGGCUUCCCCUCUGCAGGUGCGAUCGCUCCGGGAUCGAGUCUGACAUCGUCGGAUCGACAGCGGUUGUGGCCCUACUCGACGGGAACAGGAAGCUCGUCGUGGCCAACUGCGGGGACUCGCGGGCGGUGCUCAGCCGCGGGGGUCAAGCGGUGCCUCUCACCGAUGAUCACAAGCCCGAUCGCCCGGAUGAGUUGGCAAGGAUAGAAGGUGCUGGUGGGCGUGUGAUUUAUUUUAAUGGAGCUCGAGUUAGUGGAAUGCUUGCUAUGUCACGAGCAUUAGGAGACAAGUACCUGAAAGCUUUUGUGACAUCCGAGCCGGAGAUCUGCGUGUUGGAUAGAUCUCCCGAAGAUGAGUGCUUAAUCAUUGCGAGCGACGGGCUAUGGGACGUCAUACCUAAUGAGGUAGCGUGCAAUGUGGCUCGACAGUGUCUGGCAGAAGCUGAUCCACCAAAGGAUUCCGAGAUCCUCAGUGGAAUAGGUGGUGGGGAUGAAGCUGGCGGUCCAGAGAAAGAACAAGCAUCUGAUGCAGAGAACAAGCAACCAUCCGAUUCACGCUGCUCUCUCGCAGCGGCGCUCUUGGCAAGGCUUGCAUUGGCACGGAAUGCCACUGAUAACAUAAGCGUAGUCGUGAUCGACUUGAGGAGAAUAAACCAAGGGUAGUCUGAUAAUUUCUAGUGUUUUUCGUUGACGUUUAUGUUGCAGAAAGUCUUGGCGGGUACUGAAACAAAAUGUGUUUUUGAAGGCCCCCCUCAGACGAGAAAAGAAAUGUAUCCAAGGGAUGAUGUUUGUACAGACGACAUGAUACACUAAUGCAAACCUUAGUAGUCCGAGAUGGUUUUAUUUUAUUAUCUAAAA